AUGGACAAAGACGAAUACAGUAACGAUGACGCUCAGCUGGCUCAGCUGGGCCAUAAGUCGGAGCUGAAGCGAAACUUCUCCAUGAUUUCGAUGCUGGGUCUUGCUUUCGCUAUUUUAAAUUCAUGGACCGCUUUGUCGACAAGUUUGGGGCUCAGUUUGCCCUCGGGAGGCAGCGCUAGUGUUGUUUGGGGUCUUGUUACAGCAGGAAUCUGUAAUUUGUGCAUGGCCACUUCCCUAGCCGAGUUUCUUUCUGCAUACCCCACCGCCGGAGGCCAAUACCACUGGGUCGCUGUGACUUCAUGGAGAAAAUGGAUGCCAAUUCUUUCCUGGAUUACGGGCUGGAUCAACUGCUCUGGCUGGGUUGCGCUGGUCGCAACUGCCGGUCUUUUAGGCAGUCAAAUCAUCCAGGGUGUGAUAUCUCUCAUGAACCCGACCUAUAACCCCCAGCGUUGGCACCAGUUCCUAAUCUACUGCGGCUACAAUAUCGUUGCCUUCCUCGUCAAUGCCUUUAUGAACGACAUAAUGCCCUUUGUCACCAAGGGUGCUUUCAUCUGGUCUCUGAUAGGAUUUGCCGCCAUUUGCAUCACCGUACUUUCUUGUGCCUCGCCAACCUACAACUCCGCAAAAUUUGUCUUCACCGAUUUUAUUAACAGAACCGGAUGGCCUGAUGGAGUUUCAUGGUUGCUUGGGCUUCUUCAAGGCGGUCUUGGUGUUGCUGGCUUUGAUGGCGUCGCCCACAUGAUUGAAGAAAUUCCUAACCCCUCGGUUGAGGGACCCAAGAUCAUGAUUGCUUGUGUCGCUAUCGGCACUGUCACUGGAGUCAUCUUCCUGAUUGUACUACUUUUAGUGGCUGGUGAUAUCAACAAAAUCAUUGAAUCUGCGGCAACUCCGCUCGUUGCAAUCUUGAAGAAUGCCACCUCGAGCAAUGCAGGAACUAUCUGUCUCUUGAUCUUCCCCCUGGUCUGCGUUCUGUUCGCUGCAAUCACUAUUAUGACUACUAGCAGUCGGAUGAUCUAUGCCUUCGCACGUGACGGCGGUCUCCCUGUCUCUCCCUUCUUCUCUCGUAUUCACCCGAAGCUUAAUGUCCCCUUGAACUCGCUAUAUCUCAAUCUGGUUCUCGUCACCAUCUUUGGCUGCAUCUUCUUGGGCUCAUCCAGUGCUUUCAGUGCUAUUGUCUCAGCGUCAGUGGUGCUGCUUGGUAUCUCAUAUGGAAUGCCAAUUGCAGUCAACUGCUUUCGAGGAAGAAGAAUGCUACCGGAGCGCUCAUUUGUCCUGCCAGAAAUCCUUGGCUGGACUAUCAACAUCAUCUCGUUGCUGUACAUUGCCCUUACUACAGUCCUCUUUCUCUUCCCCCCUGACUUGCCUGCCACUGGGAGCAACAUGAAUUACUGUGUUGCAGCAUUUGGUGUGGUCUUUGUCAUUUCCGUUAUCCAAUGGUUUGUAGAUGGUCGCAAAAAUUUUGUCGGCCCCCGAAUCUCGGUGGAGGUCUUCAAUGGAGAGGCCAGUGUCCAGUCAGAGCAGCCAAUUCCAGUUGUUGAACAACAUAAGGUUUAA